AUGGCUGGUGAUACUUGUCCACAACCAACAGAACCAACUCUGUCUUUCACUCAGGGUCUUAUUGUGGGACAGCUGUCGGUAGUCCUGGUGUUGGCUGCCUUUAUAAAAUUCUUCAUCUUCGGAGACCCCCCCUCACCAGAUGUCACAGCUUCCUUACGAGCUACUGAGAGACGGUCACGGACGCUCGCUCACAAGCGCUCCCUAUUGAGUCUACGAAGUCCUGGAAACCGCCAGGAUAGGGAGCUUAACCGCAAAAAGUCCACCGUCCUCAGGAAUCCUCCGGCACUCACCAUUGGGUCCAUCCUCAGCAAGACAUACUAUAAUGUCGACAGCCAUCAGCCAGAGAGUCUCGACUGGUUCAACGUUCUCAUUGGACAAACUAUUGCCCAAUUCCGCAGUGAUGCGCAGCAUGAUGAUGCUAUUCUUGACUCGCUGAGUAAGGCUCUAAAUGGGGGAUCCAGACCGGACUUUAUCGAUGAGAUCAGGGUCACGGAGCUGAGUCUUGGAGAAGACUUCCCAAUCCUGAGUAAUUGUCGAAUAAUCCCCGUGGACGAAGAUGGAGUGAGCCUUGGCCACGGAAAGAAGUUCGACCCGGAUAAGGCAGCAAGAGACGGCACACGGCUCCAAGCACGGAUGGACGUCGAUCUCAGCGACAUGCUCACCCUGGCCGUGGAGACGAAACUCCUUCUCAACUAUCCGAAGAAGCUCUCUGCUGUACUGCCUGUUGCAUUGGCCGUUUCGGUGGUCAGGUUUAGCGGUACUCUUUCGAUCUCUUUUAUCCCUAGCAACCCCUCCCAGUCGACACCUACCAGGAUGAUCUUCAACUUCCUCGACGAUUACAGGUUGGACUUUUCUAUUCGAAGUCUCCUGGGUAGUCGCUCUCGGCUGCAGGACGUUCCCAAAAUUGCCCAACUGAUUGAGUCAAGACUUCAUCGUUGGUUCGAUGAACGGGCCGUUGAGCCCCGAUUCCAGGAAAUUGCUCUACCAAGUCUAUGGCCUAGAAAGAAGAACACGAGAGGCCCGGAUGACGGCCUGGCCGAAGGAAGCGUACCCAUCGGACGGUCAAAGGGGAGAGAUGCUAGCAGGGACCCUCAAGAAGAGGCACGCGGCGACGCAGAAAUUAGAGAUAGAGGAACCAUUCGGCAACGGCGAGGAACGAGAGGCAGUGAAAGUGAUGACUUCUCGAUGCCCGGCUCUCUGCCCAGCUUCCAGAUCCCGACUCCAUAG